AUGAGUUUUAAAGGAUUUACAAAAGUGGUGACGAGGGCUCCGCAGUCCUUCCGCCAGAAGUUUAAGAUGGGUGAGCAGACGGAGGACCCUGUGUAUGAGGAUGCCGAACGUCGUUUCAAGGAGUUGGAGCAGGAGACCAAGAAGCUGAGUGAGGAGUCCAAGCGUUACUCUUCCGCAGUGAAUGGUAUGCUGAACCACCAGAUUGGGUUUGCCAAGGCGAUGGAGGAGAUCUUCUUGCCCAUCAGUGGUAAGAUGAGUGACCCCAAUGCCACUAUCCCCGAGGACAAUCCAGAAGGUAUAGAGGCCAGUGAACAGUACAGGGCUCUUGUUGCCGAGUUGCAACAGACUUUGAAGCCGGAUUUAGCGCUGGUGGAGGAGAAAGUCGUGAAGCCCUGCCAGGAACUGUUGAAGAUCAUCACUUACAUUAGAAAGAUGGCCACCAAGCGUAACCAUAAGAAGCUGGAUCUGGACAGGCACUUGAAUACCUACACCAAGUACGAGAAGAAAUCUGAGAAGCCGGAUGCCAAGCCUAAAGUGGAAGAAAAGAUGUACAAAGCUCAAGUUGACAUGGAGACAGCCCAACAAGAGUACGACUACUAUAAUGACAUGUUGAAGGAACAACUGCCUAUUCUGUUCAGUCUCGAGGCACAGUUUGUGCAACCAUUAUUUGUGUCUUUCUACUACAUGCAAUUGAACAUUUUCUACACACUAUACAACAAAUUCCAGGACAUGAAGAUUCCUUACUUCGAUUUGAACAGUGACAUCAUAGAGGCCUUCAUCGCCAAGAGAGGCAACAUCGAGGAACAAACGGACUCCUUGACCAUCACCCACUUUAAGAUCGGCUACUCCAAGACCAAACUGGAGAUGACCAGAAGACGCUACGGUAAGGACACCGACAGCGCCUCACCCACGCCAGGCGCAUAUGGUGCUGUCGGAAGCACCACACCAGGAUACGGUCAAAUGCAGUCCCCCAACGCCACUGGUUACGGUGGCAUGCAGUCUCCACCAGCUACCGGGUACGGAGUACAGCAACCAGCCAUGGGUCCAGGCGCUGUUGGGGCUGUCGGGGCUGUCGGGGCUGUCGGAGCAGGUGCCGUUGGCGCCGGUGCGAUGGGAUACCAGCAACAAGCUGCACCACCAGCAUACACUGCGAUGGGCGCCGGUGCAGCCGUCCCACAACCCCCACAGCAGCCCAUGGCUGCUCCAGCACCUGCUGGUGCACCUGUAGAAACGGUCACUGCGCUGUAUGACUACCAGGCACAGGCCGCAGGAGACCUAAGCUUCCCUGCAGGCGCAGUGAUAGAAGUGGUGCAGCGUACUCCAGACGUGAACGAGUGGUGGACAGGCAGGUACAACGGCCAGCAAGGUGUCUUCCCUGGCAACUACGUCCAGCUCAACUAG